GGAACUCAUUCCUGGAGCUGAUGAAAAGAUUCGAGCAGCCAUCGUUAGGGUUGGAAACAGUGAAAGGUGACCGACAUAUUUACGGAGAGUUGUUCAGCAUUUGAUUCCGAUCGAAGUUCAGAGUGGUAGUUCGCCCCCUUUCGUCUACCAAAUUCUGGAUGCCGGGACGCCCUCGUUUUAACAGCGCAUUUCAGCUCGGUCAGUGAAUCCGUGGGCCGCUAUUUCUAACAGAAACCGUUCAAACUGUAGUUGGAUAAUAAUCUUAGUUAUGCACUGACUUCCGUUGAAGUUCCGUUGAAGUUUCGUUGAAGUUCUUGACAAGUCAGGUUUAGUUGUUGUUGCAUCUUGGAACGGGAACAUGAAAGUAAGAUGCCGAGGCGAGGAGAAGCAAGUGAAGAAGAUACGAAAAAGAUGGAAAGUAAGAAUUACCUUAACGUAAACUCUCUACGCCAAAUUUGGAAAGAUGAAUUCCUACCAAGUAUGAAGCAAUAAAUUCAAAAUGAACUUGAGUCGAUCGCUGCGAAUGCACAUCACGACUCUAACAACACGGGUCGACUCCAUCGAAAAAUCACAGGCCUUCAUUUGAGAUAAAUACGACUCUAUGUUAAAUGCACUCCAAUCUGUGAACAAAACGACAGAUAUACUCGAGAAACGAGACGCUGAAGUAGCGAAAACCACUGAUAAAUUUGGAUGAUCGAACCAACAGCAUGGAAGAAUCCAUGUAUCGAGUUGACUGUGUAAUUGAUGAAAUGCAACAAUACUCCAGAAGAGACUGCCUUGAAAUAACUGGCAUCCCUGUGUUAUCAAAUGACAGCCCUAAACAACUUGUAAAAGAGAUUGGAUCCCUGAUUGAUGUCCAAAUCAAUGAUGAUCAUAUUGCAGCAGCUCAUCGACUACCGGACACUGCGAAAGCGAAACAUCGAAUGAUCAUUAAAUUUGUGCACAGAGCUAAAAGGGAAGAAAUUUACAAGAAACGUAGAAAUCUAGCUGGAAAGAAUAUCAUCCAUCUGCCAUCAGUGCAAAACGACCCAGUUCAUAUCGCUGCUAGCAACAACAAAGUCCAUAUCAACGAAUCCCUCACUAGUUAUCGCAAACGGUUAUUUGGACGCAUAAAUGAAUUCAAACGAAGGAACAAUUUUAAAUAUCUCUGGACUGCAAAGGGAAGAAUCCUACUAAAGAUCAACGAAUCCUCAAGAACCGAAGCAUUUAAUACCCACGAAGAGUUUCAAGACUUCCUCGAUAAGAUAAGCAACUCAUAAAUUUUGCAUCUUUUCUUUUUAUUAACCCUCAUGCAGUUAUUGAUUAUUAUUCACUAUUGUAACAUUUAUUUACAACUCCGAGACUCAGAUAUUGACUAUGAUGACUCACAAUAGCCUUCAAGCAUUACCCCUUUUUAGCUUAAAUGAUACAGAGUUUCACAUUCUAACAGGAUCAAGUUAUUUUCAACUCACUCAGAUAUUGACUAUGAUGACUCACAAUAACCUUCAAGCAUUACCCCUUUUUUAGCUUAAAUGAUACAGAGUUUCAUAUUCUAACAGGAUCAAGUUAUUUACGACUUCAAAAUUUGAAAGACCUGGACUUAUACAACAUAUUACCUAAUCCUGAUAAAUUUGAUGAAGCUGACCAUGAUCAUAUGCUAAUUAGUCCUGAAUCUCACUAAUAUGAUAUUCCUAGUUUAAAUACAAUCCUAAGCAAAUCGGGUCAAUUUCAA